GAAUUAAAAGUAGUACAGAGUACUAACAGACCAAUUCACUUGGUUGGAUUAGGCUUAAAAAAAGUUAUUUGGUUAAUUACCCUAACAAACGUGUGUAAAUUUAUAAAUACUUUAGAGUAAACAUAGUUUAAAACAAAGACAUACUAUCAGCUUCUCGUUAAUACGGAGAACAAUAUGCAAAUAGAUAAAGAAGAAUCAAAACAAACGACAGAAGACAUUAAAAUAUGUAUACCUGGAAUGCGCAUAAGUCCAUGCAAUAAAGAAACUAUGUCAGGGGCUGGCACAUAUGAACUAGAUGGUUAUAUAUACACGUAUCUAGCAGGAAUUUUGAAAUCACAGUAUGAUGAGGUUAAAAAGGCAAACAUUUUAUCCAUAGAAAGUCCAAAAAGCCCUAGUGUGCUUCCUCAAAUGGGAGAUGUAGCCACAGCAAGAGUAAUAGCUGUAAACUCCCGCUUAGUACAAUGCCAGAUACUUUGCGUGGGUCCAACGGUGUUAGCUAGGCCAUACAGAGGAAUUCUGAAAAAGGAAGAUAUAAGAGAUAUGGAUAAAGAUAGAAUCGAUCCCUAUAAGUGCUUCAGACCCGGGGAUGUUAUUUUAGCAAGAGUUUUACCAAUGACAGAGCUACAUGCUUAUCACCUAUCCACUGCAGAAAAUGAGCUUGGUGUAGUAAUUGCAACUGCUGAAGGCUCUCCACAAGGAGUAAGCAUGGUUCCUAUCAGUUGGUCUGAAAUGCAGUGCCCUACAACAUUAAACAAAGAGCCCAGGAAAGUAGCAAGAGUAAUACCUGAAACUAUCAAUAAAGAAUUUGUGUUAGCAAGUCAACCUGAAUUGGGGAAGAGUUGAAAAUAAAAACAUUUAUUAAAA